GGGAUGUGUCUAAACGAGGAAAAGGAGUCCGGAGUCUUGGGGGCAUACUUAAGGUUGGACUAACUACACAAUAGUGUCCCUUCCCUUGGCAUGAUGUGCUCGCGAUGACUACACAGUACACAGUGAAUCAGCAGCCUCUGUCACUGAAACCAUGUUUCGACCGAGAAUCUGGGUCACUACUUGGCGGGAUUCUCCCCGAACGUUAGGUCGUUGACCGUGAUGUCGGCCAAUUACAAAUGAUAACGACCCGGCAAAGGAGCUAAGCUGGCUGGAGGAGUGCGACAGACUGGAGUGGAUUUUGCAGCGACGGGACCCUGACCCAGGAACGCCAUUUCGUACUUGGAAGCCGAACAAGAAAAGAAAGGUAAGUCGAGAACAAACCGGAAAGCAAGAACAAUGUUCUCGAGGAUGGAAGGAUCCAAAUAUGGAGUUCACCGUGCUCUCAUUGGCAGAACCAUGCAGAGAGUCUGCAGCAGAAGCGAAACCGCUCAAGGUGUGAGGGGAUUGAAUCGUGUGUCGAAGGAUCAAAGAGGUGAGAAGAAGGGAUGGAUACUGUGUAAGUCUCGAGGAGAUGAUAAGAAUACGGGAACAACGGCCCGGUCUGGGUGAGCGCCCGCUUGAGGUGCGAGCACGUUUACUAUUGCUUGAUCUGCCAAGUUGAGCUUGAAACAAUUUACCUUCCUACACCAGUAAGUCUGUUACGGUGUGAAAGCUUUUUAAUCCACAGCAGAUUGACUCCCAAGCGGUGCGUAAUCUUCGAAAACAAAAUUGUCUUUGGUGUGGGGGAUACGUACUGUUCAUGGCGUGCUGGGGGAGCACCAUAACGCAAUUGAGAGGCGCCACCAUGUCGACACUCACCUCCAUGCCUCCUACGUCCCUCGACGAAUGAAAUUGGCUUCCUCGCCACGAUCAACAGUUACAAUCCUCAGACAGAUUUACUUAUUAGAACACUGGUCACGGAAAGUCACCGGAAUGGUCGACAUUGCCACAUGCGCAGAUGUGCGCUGCACUUGGACUGUGGGUAUAGGCAUGCGCGGUAUAAGUACUUCGAGAAUGGACCGGCAAAAAACAAAACCUUCACAUCUCACGCCUUGCUACACUUAAGUUUGCUCGUCUUACACAAUGGCUGUUGAACUCUUGACGCAGGCCGACGGCUAUGGCAUCAUUAUUGGCCUGUCGGUAUUGUUCUGCCUCAUUAUCCUAGUGGCAGUGCGCAUCCAGAAGAGGUAUCUUUCUGAAGACAGCGACCAAUCGGAGAUGUUCAUGGUUGCCAACCGUUCUGUCGGAACCGGAUUGACCGCCUCUGCAGUGUUCUCGAGCUGGAUGUGGAUCAAUGAAUCUGUCUUCUCGGCCGCCUAUACCUAUAAAUGGGGUAUCGCGCUACCCAUUUGGUGGGCAAGUGGUCUGUCUUUCCAGAUUGCUCUCAUGGCUGUGCUAGGUAUCGUGGCGAAGCUGCGUGUCCCUUAUGCACAUACCUCGCUUGAGAUCAUCAGAAUGAGAUAUGGCAACUAUGCACAUUGGUUGUUCAUCCUGCUGAACCUGGUCAACAACAUCUUUGGCUGCGGCAGCAUGAUUCUCGCCGGGUCUCAACUGGUGACUGGCAUGACCGGCAUGCACGUUAUAGCUGCAGCCAUUUUGAUCCCUGCAGGAGUCGUCACCUACACUGCCGUGGGAGGGCUUAAGGCGACAUUCCUGACAGACUUCCUGCACACCACCAUCGCCCUGAUUCUGUUGAUCUACUUCUCCCUUGCAGUCCUGACGAAUGAGCACAUUGGUGGUUUGUCAGGCUUGUACGAGAAAGUCAAAGCCACAAAUGACUACAUUGAUGGGAACUACAAAGGCUCCUUGUUGACUAUGAAGUCGAAGAGAUCACUCAUGUUCGGUCUCGUGCUGAAGUUCGGAAAUUUGGCCCUUGUGCUCAUGGACACGGCUUUCUGGCAAAAGUCGUUCGCUUCCGAAGUGCACUCGACUGUGCCGGCAUACGAUCUUGUGUCGAUCGUCAUCCUUGCCAUACCAUGGUGCACUGGCACCAUCAUCGGCCUCAGCGCACGCGCAAUCGAAAAGACUCCUGUCUGGUUCGACUAUCCCAACACCUUGACAACGACUCAAGUCAACUCCGGCCUGGUCAUGCCAUACGUGCUAAGGUCCCUGCUGGGCAAGGGUGCCACCACCGGUCUGCUAGUGCUGAUCUUCAUGGCCAUCACCAGCACCGUGUCUUCUUCCAUGAUCGCAGUCAGCAGUAUCAUCUCUCUGGAUUUCUUUCGCACCUACAUCGACCCCCGUGCGUCAGACCGCAAGAUUCUCAAGGUGAGCCACUGGGGCGUUGUCUUCCACGGGUGCUUCAUGGCCGGUUUCGCCAUCAUGCUUGAGUACGCCGGCGCCACAAACAACUGGUCCACUUACUUCCGGCCCAUCGUCGCAUGUCCUGGAAUCCUGCCCAUGAUCCUGACACUUUUCUGGUCUCGGCAAACGAAGCUGGCCGCCAUUCUCUCUCCUAUUCUUGGUCUUUGCUCAGGCAUCGCGACCUGGCUAUCCUUGUCAUGGGCAUGGUCUGGUGCGAUCAACAUCCAGACCACCCAGGACCAGGUCCCAGGUCUGUACGCUGCCAUUGUCUCGUUCUUUUCACCAGCACUUUACUCCGUCAUCAUCUCCCUAGCUUGGCCAAGCAGGUUCGACUGGCGCGAAUUCUUGAGGAUUGACCUGAUCGAGGACAAGAGCCAGCCGAAUAGCUCUCUUCAGUCCAAAGACCCGAGCAGCGAGGCCGUCAAUGAGCCUGUCAAGACACCGCAAGAAAAAGAAGCUUAUGUCACAGGUGGAGUGGAGAACGGCUCCGUAAAGAGUCCACAACGCACUCUAGUGAAUGGUCAAAUCCCUCUCGAUGAGGUGCAUCAUCCGUUUGACGAACAGACUAUUCGCCAUAUCAAGAAAUGGUUCAAGAUUGCGUCCAUCUUCUUCGUCGUCAACGUCCUGGUUACCAUUGUUCUUUGGCCUUUGCCGCUAUAUCGCGACUAUAUCUUCACCAAGAGUUUUUUCGGCGGCUGGGUCACUAUGGCAAUCAUCUGGCAUUUCGGCGCCAUGUUUGCUGUUAUUGUAUACCCGAUCUACGACGGACGACAUGAGAUCAUUCGAGGUGUUCGUGGUCUUGUGAAAGAUCUGAAGGGAAGGAGAUGAGGCUGUGGUAUGGCAUUGCCACGGUUUCCUAGACAUGCUAGAGCGAUAGAUACUGAAUCAAAGGUACCUAGAUGAUAGAUACCAUAUUAUAGAUACUAGAAAGGCUAGAUGCUCGAUCAUGGGUGCUAGAAGGAUAGACACUAAAGCGAUACUCUUUUGAUUUUGCUCGAUAACAGUGUCUAUGACUUACAAAACAACGUCGGUCAGAGCAGCAUUGGUCGUGAGCAGAUCCAAUUCUGAAAUUGAUAAAUGUGCUGCAACAAUUGGGAAGUGAUCCUCUUGAUGGUUUAUAUUACGCCACAAGUUGAUGUCCCAUCCUGUUCAAACGCACAACAUGACUGAAAGUCAGAUCCUAUCGUCUCUAAGCGAGUUAUAUCAUAUCUUUGCACGCCACUUUCACAGCCUCGAAAGUCCAGCAUGAUGCAAUUUUGUCUUCAAUUUGAGCUUCAACUUCACACUCGGUCGCAGCUAUAGCCGGAACGCCAUGUCGUCCUGUCAAGAAAUUCCAUCACCAACACCAGCACCAGCCAUACAUGGGUGAGCCCACGCCAUCCAGUGUGUACUUAGUCUUGCACCGGCCAUCAGAUUGAAGAUCAAGGACUCUGCUCGCCGUCGAAGGAACCUCUUCGCCCACUCACUAUUGCAGCCAAAGAGGUGGAAUAUCUAGUUCAAUUCACUGCACGAUCGCAGUUAUUUCUGAAAGCAUACCUUAUUCUUCGAAGUACACCUUCUGCGGACUGUGAUAGAGUCGUCUUCAUCUUGUGAUCCAAUUCAACUUGCACAUAUUAUGUCAGCGCACAUGACAACGAUAUCCAAACCACGUGAUAUAGUCCACGUGACUCAAUUGCUUAUCUAAUGCAGGC